AUGUCUGAAAACUUUGGGAAUCAUUUGGUAGGUAAUUCUGAAGAUACUUGUGACUCUGAAAGAAUCGAUUUUAGGGUUCCAAAUAUGAAUUCUGCAGAAGAGAACUCUCCUUCUUUCUUUAUCCCUGAUGAAGUUAUUGAUGAAUGUCUGGAUGAAUGGAAAUUCAGUCUAAUCGGAAGAUUGGAUCUGGUCAAACUUAAGAUGAAUACUGUUUCUGAAGCUUUACUCAAACAAUGGCAGCUCAAAGGUAAGGUUCAGUUUAUUCCUUUAGGAAAAAGUUUCUUUAUAAUUAAACUUGAUAAUUUGGAAGAUAUAAAUCAUAUCUGGCAAGGAUUUUGGAAAGUUGAUACACAAAUUUUGUGUAUUAGGUCUUGGGAACCAAAUUUUAAUCCUGCAGCUCAAAAAACUACUUCUGCUUAUGUGUGGGUUAUCUUUCCUGGGUUGAGUAUUGAAUACUGGAAGGAAAGCAUUCUAAUGCAAAUGGGUAGUAUUCUUGGAAGAGCAAUUAAAGUUGAUGAAAUUACUCUAAAAAGAGUAGUGGGUUAUUAUGCUUGUGUUUUAGUAGAAAUUGAUAUCUCUAAAUCCAUUCCAAAUUCUAUUUGGGUUAAUUCUAAAUAUGGUAAAUUUGAACAGCCAAUUCAAGCCCCAAAUAAACCAAAGUUUUGUAGCCACUGCAAGUCUCUAGGCCACUUUGUUAUUGAGUGUAGAACUAAACGAAAAGAGAAUUCUCAAACUACUUUUGCUGAUGGGUUUAUUUCUAAGCCAAAAAAACAAUGGAAGCUAAAAAAGUUACAAUCUCAACAAAUAGGUUUUGAUAUUUGUGGUUCUACUCCUUCUGAGACCAACAAGGACAGAGUUUCAAUUAAUACUUCUUCUGCUUCAACUUCAUCUCAUCAAGAUGUAUCUUCUGGGAGAUUUCAUUUAUUGCAAGAUAAUACUACUGAAUACAAUGGUGAUUUUCCUCCGCUUGCUACAUUAGAAUCUCAAAAACAUAUUGGUGAAUCUAGUGGGGUAGUCAAAGAGAUACAAUGUUCUGACAUUAAUGCUCAAGUCACAAUUACUGCAUCUCAAGUGAACCAGCCUAUCAUCACUGAAGACUCUAGUGACUCAAGUUCUGAAGAUGGUGAAAUUAAAGAGGUUAGUAAUUCAUACUUACUUCUUAGUAAUACACUUACUCCUCUUGUUAUCAUUUUGAGAAAUGAUCCUACUAGUCCUAAAAUAGUUACAAAGAAAAUUAUUACUGAAAAGAAAAAGGCUCCAGCAAAGCCUACUAAGCCUGCUCCUGUAACUAGGAAAACUAGCAAAGAAAGGGUUUUGUCUUCUAAGGGGAAUUCUCCCCAAAAGCCUCAAUGA